AAAGGAAAACUGCAUCACAAUGUCACUGCCAGGAAACGGCAUAUUUGUGGUCCGUGGCGAAAUGUCCACAUUAAUGACCGCAAUGCGCAGGGGCUCCCGUUGGAAUGCCUCAGCAUACGUGGAUGAGGAAAAAGAUGGUCUGAUGAAAUUAUUUAUGGAUCUGAAACAAGUUCUCAAUCGCAUUGAAGAUCUAAGAUUAAUAGAUCCGAAUGUUUUCUUGGCACCUUUCUUGGAGGUUAUACGCACCGAAGAGACCACGGGAGCUGUAACCAGUUUGGCAUUGUCAGCCAUUAAUAAAUUUUUGUCCUACGGCUUGAUUGACCCCACCUGUCCCAACCUGGCUGUGACCAUAGAAAACAUAGCUGAUGCUGUUACUCAUGCCCGUUUCAUGGGCACAGACCAAUCCUCGGAUGGUGUUACCCUUUUCCGUGUCGUCGAAGUUCUACACACUCUAAUGCGCAGUCCUGAGGGUUCCAUGCUAACCAAUGAAUCUGUGUGUGAAGUAAUGCUUAGCUGUUUUAAAAUAUGCUUUGAACCUCGCCUCAAUGAGUUGUUGCGCCGCUCUGCCGAACAGGCUCUAAAAGAUAUGGUGCUUUUGUUAUUUAUGCGUUUGCCACAAUUUGCAGAUGAUCGCACAGAAUCGGGUAUGCUGAAAAAAUUCCAAAUGAUGGCUGCAUCCAUGGAAAAGGAUAAAAAACAACGUAAACGUUCAUCGAAAAUUGCGGCCAGCCAGGAGAACUUGGCGCGCAGCCAAAGUUAUAAAGGGUCUGAUCUAUCUAAAGCUGGUGGUGAGGAGCAAAGGAAAAUUUCCACCAACUCAGCCCCGGGAGAUGAGGUGCAACAACCAAAUUCCGCAACUCCAGGGCAUUUACAUACAUUAAAAGCUCCUCCAUUGGCCACCACACCGGCCACACCAGCUGGCAAUAUUGUGGAUUUGCAGGGUAAAAUAACUCAAACCCCUACAUCAGCAAUAAAUAUUGCUUCGGCCCAAGAUGCUGAGACAAAUGAAAGCAUACCAACAGAUCAGAAUGCUCCCUUGAUAUCAGUGGAACCAGCUUCACCACCCACAAACAACAUUCCGGAUGACAACUCUGAAGCCCGACCACAAUCUCCUUUAUCCCAAGGUGGUAGCAGUGAAUACAUUAACUCCGUCGGCGUGCGUUUUACCCAACAAAAUUCCGUAGAUGUUUCUGAGGGCAUGGCUCCUUUGGUACCAUAUGGUUUGCCCUGUAUUCAAGAACUAUUUCGUUUCUUGAUUUUGCUGUGUAAUCCUUUGGAUAAACAAAACACCGAUACCAUGAUGCACAUGGGUUUGAGUUUGCUAACUGUGGCCUUUGAAGUGGGAGCAGAUAAUAUGUUGAAGUAUGACUCACUAUUGCAAUUGGUCAAGGAUGACUUGUGUCGCAAUCUCUUUGCGCUCAUGAACUCAGAACGUUUGACCAUAUUUGCCGCAGAUUUACAAGUCUGUUUCCUUAUGUUCGAAUCAAUGCGUGGCCAUUUGAAAUUCCAAUUAGAAAGCUACCUCAAAAAGUUGUCGGAAAUCAUUGCCAGUGACAAUCCAAAGACCCCAUAUGAAAUGCGUGAAUUAGCUUUGGACAAUCUGUUGCAGUUGUGGCGUAUUCCAAACUUUGUCACCGAGCUUUAUAUCAACUAUGACUGUGAUUUGUAUUGCAGCGAUUUGUUUGAGAGUCUGACAAAUCUCUUAUCAAAAUACACGCUAUCGGCCACAAAUGCCAUAUACAAUACCCACAUCUUGGCAAUGGAUACUCUAAUAUCUGUGGUCGAUAAUAUUGAAAGUAAUUGUGUGGCAGCGAAAAAUGGAUGUGUCACACAAUCAGACACUGCAGCUGGUGGAGUUGCCACACAAUCUUCUUCCUCGCUACGUCACUCGCGUCAAAAUUCCGGCCUAGAGGGUAUUGUUAUUGAUGAUCCCAAAACAGCAGAAGAUAACUAUGUGGAGAAUAUUUCCAAAUUUAUUAACACAUCCUCGCGAUUACGUUCUCUGUCUGGAGAUACUGCUGCCAAGAAGGCCAUAACUGGAGAAUAUCUAAAGGAAGUGAAGCAUAAAAAGCGGGUGCUUAGUCAAGGCACUGAAUUGUUUAAUCAACGACCCGAUAAGGGUAUACAAUUUCUACAAGAUAAUGGUAUACUGAAUCCCGAAUUAGAUCCAAGGGAAAUUGCCUCAUUUUUACGUGAAAAUCCUGGCUUGGAUAAGAAAAUGAUUGGCGAAUAUAUAUCGAAAAAGAAGAAUGUUGAUUCAAAAAUUCUAAUGAAUUUUGUAGAGUCCUUCGAUUUUAGAGGGCUACGUGUUGAUCAGGCUUUACGUUUGUAUUUGGAAACAUUCCGUUUGCCUGGUGAGGCUCCGUUGAUAUUUUUGGUUUUGGAACAUUUCUCCGAACAUUGGCAUAAACAAAAUGGCGAACCAUUUGCCAAUACGGAUGCGGCCUUUAGUUUGGCAUAUUCCAUUAUUAUGUUAAAUAUGGAUCAACAUAAUGCCAAUGCCAAGCGUUUAAAUAUUCCCAUGACCCAAGAGGAUUUCCUUAAGAAUUUGAGAGGUUUGAAUGGUGGUGCCGAUUAUGACCAAGAUUUACUUGCAGCCAUUUAUAAUGCCAUCAAGAAUGAUGAAAUUAUCAUGCCUGCUGAACAAACCGGUUUGGUGCGUGAAAACUAUUUGUGGAAGGUAUUGCUAAGACGUGGCGCAACAUCCGAUGGACUCUUUACCUAUGUACAUGAUUCCACCUAUGACAUGGACAUCUUUAAUGUCAUCUGGGGUCCAUCGCUGAGCUCAUUGAGCUUUAUGUUUGAUAAGAGCAGUGAGAAUGGUUAUCAACGGACUUUGACAGGCUUUACCAAAUGUGCUGCCAUUUCGGCUUUCUAUGGCCUCCACGAAGACUUUGAUGCCUUGAUUUUAACCCUGUGUAAAUUUACCAGCAUUCUCAGUUCCGCACAACUGGAGACAACACAUCCAGCACCUAAUGAAAUUGUUCAGGCUGUUAAUUUUGGCCUCAAUCCCAAAGGUCAAGCUGCCAUGCGUACCGUUUUCGCCUUGGUUCAUGAUUAUGGUGACUGUCUAAGAGAUGGCUGGCGUCAUAUAUUGGAUCUAUACUUACAACUUUUCCGUUUGAAACUCUUACCAAAAUCUCUAAUGGAGGUUGAAGAUUUCUGUGAACCAUCGGGCAAGGCCCAGUUGAUAUUGGAAAAACCCAGUCAAAAACAAGAAUCGGGCAUAUUUUCCAGUCUCUAUUCAUAUCUAUCGUCCGAGGGACAACGUGAACCUUCCUAUGAGGAACAGGAAUUUAUAAAGAUUGGCAAGAAAUGCAUCAAAGAAUGCCAACUGGAUCAAAUGAUACAGGAAUCGAAAUUUGUCCAAUUGGAAUCACUGCAAGAAUUGUUGAAGCAAGUUUUAGGCUCUCUCAAGGCCCCAAGUGCCCAUAAAUCCAUUGGCAUGCCUUAUGCCGAAGAUGUUGUUGUCUUCUGGAUGGAAUUUUUGGUUAAGAUUGUCAUUUACAAUCGUGAUCGCAUGAUUCCCCUGUGGCCUGCAGUUCGUGAUCAAAUGUACCUGUUGCUAAUGGGAAGCUCAUCCUGUGGCUAUGAUUAUUUACUCAAUCGUUGUAUUGUGGCCAUGCUUAAGUUGGCCAUAUAUUUGAUGCGCAACGAAGAGCUAUGUCCCAUUGUUUUGAAAUCAUUGAAAAUGUUGUUAAUGUUGAAGCCGGCAGUCAUCUUGAGGAUUUCCAAACAAAUUUCCAUUGGAAUGUAUGAGCUGUUGAAGACAUCAGCCCAGAAUAUACACUCCGAACAGGAUUGGCAAAUUGUUUUUACGAUUUUGGAAUGUGUGGGUGCUGGAGCUGAGCCUCCGGAAUAUGAUGAUGCCUCAUUGCCGGUGCCAAAUGGUUUGGCUGCCAAAUCAGAUGGUGCUCUAAGUAGUGAAGAGGAUUCGGGUUUGCCUGAUCGUGGUUAUACCUCCGAUUCUGAAUUGAGUAGCAAACAGGCGGCUGGUAGUAGCAAACAACAGCAGAUACCAGUUAUGCAAAAUUCAAAUGCCAGCAGUCCAUUCCCCUCCAGUCCCACCGCCGAAAAUUGGAUAUUGGUUAAUAAGGAUACCGAUUUGGCUGCUUCAAGGCCACAAUCACCACCAGAAUCGAUUGGUGCUGUUCCUCCCACGCUAUCUAAUCUGGUUUACAACUGCAAGCUGUUAGAUCACAUGCCUUUUGCUUUGUUCAAAUGUUGGGAUUCAUUGGCAUUUAUUGUGCGUAAUGUGGCCCAUAUAACGCCCUACAACUUUGAGAGUUGUGUUCGUUGUAUUCGCACCUUUGUGGAGGCAUGCCGUGACGGUGGCAUACGCCAGAGACGUAAAAUGGAAGCUGCUUUGUCCGCUGCUGCCGCCGGACAAAAGAAAAAGUCCAAUAACAAACGUCAAGAUCGUUCCAAUGAACGUAACAAACAUGACGAUGAUAACGGUGCGGGCCCGGAGGAUGCCGAUGAAGCCGAUUUGGCUCAACGUUAUGAAACCUUGUCAAUCCAAUUACUUGACCUUAUGUAUACUCUAUACACUAGAACUGCCCAAAUAUUCCGUUGGUGGGCAGAAGAAGGUUGUGCUGUGCCACAGUGUUCCGCUCUGUGGGCCCAGGGAUGGUGUCCCCUGUUGCAGGGUAUUGCACGCCUGGCCAUGGAUCGUAGACGUGAAGUAAGGACCUAUGCCAUAUCAUGUCUACAACAAAGAGCUUUGCUUGUACACGAUUUACAAACUCUGUCGGGCACAGAAUGGGCUUCCUGCUUCCAACAGGUUUUAUUCCCACUACUCAAUGAACUAUUGCCCGAUAGUGCUGCUGUGGCUCACUUGGAUCAAGUACUAUUGGAGGAAUCUAGAAUACGCACAGCCACAAUUAUGUCAAAGGUAUUUUUACAUCAUCUAACACCGUUAAUUGAGCUAGGCAGUGCCUUUAAUGAUUUGUGGAUGCAAAUUUUGGAUUAUAUUGAGAAAUUUAUGAAAGUCGGAUCGGAUAUGUUGUCGGAACAAAUGCAAGAAAUCCUCAAGAAUAUGUUGUUGGUAAUGCAUUCGGUGCGUGUUUUCCACAACAAUAAUGGAACGAUACGUGCGGAUUUGUGGGAAUUGACCUGGAAACGUAUUGGCGAGUUCUUACCCAAUCUUAAAGAUGAACUUUUCCGUGAUGAAGGUAACCGGGCACAUGUUAUGAAACAACCCAGUCAACCAGCAGCAGCUGCAGUGGUCUCCCCAGCAUCUACUCCAGCGGUGGCAAUAUUACCACAAACAACAACAACGACCGCAACCUCAUUGCCUAGCAAUCAGCAGACGCCAAUCCAGACGCCACAUUUUGUACCAUCCCCAGUUUCGUUAAUAUCACCUGUGGAAUCACCUCGGCACAGUAUAAUUUUGCAACCACCUGUGGCUGAUUCUCUACAGCAACAGCCCAUAUUCUAUGGACAAUUGCCUGUAAACAAUAUGCCGAUUAUUGUGCCACAACAACAGACGCCUAUUGCUCAAACCCAGGCCAAUAAUGACCAACAACAGCCAUCGUGCACUACCAUAACAUCGCCAAUAUUGUCCCAGGAUAACAAUCAGCAAGGUGUUCAAGUGGUAUCGAUGAAUUCUCCAAAUAAUGAACCACAAUCGACAACAAAUGCCCAAUCCAGUCAACAACAACAACCGGAACAGAGUGUCCCUGCGACCAUCACAGCUCCAACUGUAUCACAACAUAAUGCAACAGCUAAUGUUCAGACUGCUGCCCCCACACAAUUCAACACCACGGUUCCUAAUAUGUUUCCCAAUACAGCAACCACAUCUAGGCCAGCCUUGGCAUCAACAAUGAUCCACCCAAAUCCUGUGCCUAUUGAUAGUAAUUCAUUUUCCAUCGAAUUAUAUGAUAGCACACCUGAUGUUUAUCAGAGUCAUGCUGCCACUUCGAUGGCAUAUAGUAAUGCUCCUGAAGAAAAACCGGAACAAACUCAUCUUAGGCAUGUACUGCAAGAUCAAUACAAUCAAUACUACAAACAAUAUAAGCUGCAUCAGGAAAUGCAACAACAAAGUGGUGGUGGUGCCAGCAACGAGACACUGAAUGCUAGCCAGCAAGCCAACAACACCAGCAGCCAGCUGAACACCUCUGUGUUUAGUGGUGAUGAAGUCAGCACCAUUGCUGAAAUAGAGGCAGAGUUUAAGGCGGCCGCCGAUGAACCAAAUACAGCUCCCAAAGUUCCAAUCAGUCAUCUUCUGGCUGGUAAAGAAUAUCCAUCAUUACAAAAGCAACCCACACCUGCCAUUGUUCAAAGUUUCACUCCCGUCUAUGUGCAGCAGACGGCCACCACAAGUCAGCAACAAACCGGCGGUGAUAUUUAUCAGGAAUAUGUACAGAAUCCCUACAAUCUAACCUUGCAACAAUCGCAAAUGCCAACAGCUGUGCCGUUGGUCAGUGUGGAACAACAUCAGCAGAAUUUAAUGCGUUUGCAAAUGCAGUACACAAUGGGAUGUAAUACCGAUCCAAAUAUGUAUGUCUUUGGACAACCCUAAAAUCCACAAAACUUCAUGGAUUUCCAGAAAUUGUCAUCAUAGGUAUGUAAGUAA